CCGGGAGCCCCGGCCAGCGCAAGCCCCUUUCCGAGGAAGGAAACGCCCAAGACCUGCGCGCAGACCGCUGUGCGUCUGUGUCCUGCGCAGUGUGGGGACGGGUUGGGGGCUGGUGGCAGCCUCUGCGGGCGCCCUCGUGGGCAGGUGGUUCUGUCCGUGCCCAGGCUCAGUGCAGCUCGAAGCCUGGAGGUGGAGGCUGGGGACCCGGCGAGCGGGUUGGACGCUCUGUUGUGCUUCCUCGGGACUUGGUGAAGCAAGGUCACAGGAGGUCGUGUGCCCAGCGCGGCGUGUCGCACCGGGUGGGGCGCCCUCCUCCCCGCCGCCAGCACCCGCCUGUUUCCGACUGUUCCCAGCGGAAGGCUGCAGGGCGCCGCGACCCCGUUCGGCCCUUGCACGAACGAGCCCGUCCGCAGAAGAAAGCCUCCGCUGCCGAGCGCGUCCCUGGAGAAAGCAGGAUGGCCGCAAGGGGGGCCCCUCGGGGGGCUCUCAGGGGCCUCCGGCGUCGGCUGCGGCUGCGGCCUCCACGGUGCUGGGCGGCCCCGAGGCGCUCACAGCCAGAUGAAAUCAUGCACCGGGACAUCAGCCCGCUCUGCGCCGCGGACAUCCAGGACCAGCUGAAGAAGCGCUUCGCGUAUCUGUCUGGUGGGCGCGGGCAGGACGGCAGCCCCGUCAUCACCUUCCCGGACUACCCGGCCUUCAGCGACAUCCCCGACAAGGAGUUCCAGAAUGUCAUGACCUACCUCACCAGCAUCCCCAGCUUGCAGGACGCUGGCAUCGGAUUCAUCCUGGUCAUAGACCGAAGGCAGGACAAAUGGACGUCCGUGAAGGCGUCGAUCCUGCGGAUAGCAGCGUCCUUCCCGGCAAACCUCCGGCUUGUGCUGGUUCUGCGGCCCACGGGGUUGCUCCAAAGGACCCUCUCGGACCUGGCGCUCAAAUUCAACAGAGAUGACUUCAACAUGAAGGUGCCGGUCAUAAUGCUGAGCUCAGUACCCGAAUUACACGGUUACAUCGACAAGUCCCAGCUAACUGAGGACCUGGGCGGGACCCUGGAUUACUGCCACACCAGGUGGCUGUGUCACCGCACAGCGAUCGAAGGUUUCGCCCUCAUGGUAAAGCAGACGGCUCAGAUGCUGCAGUCCUUCGGCACCGAGCUGGCCGAGACGGAGCUGCCCAACGACGUGCCGUCCACAAACUCGGUGCUCUGCGCACACACAGAGAAGAAGGACAAAGCGAAGGAGGACAUGAAGCUGGCACUGGAUGAGGGGCGGAGCCUUCUGGAGAACAUCAGGGAGCCUCUGGGCAAGUGUGGGGAGCAGAGCCUGAACCAGGACCAGCUAGACAACCAGACCACUGUGCAGAGGCUCCUGGACCAGCUGACCGAGACCGAGGCCGCUUUCGAUGAGUUCUGGGCGAAGCACGAGCAGAAGCUCCGGCAGUGCCUGCAGCUGCGGCAGUUCGAGCAGGAUUUCCGCGAGGUCAAAGCCUCCUUAGACGCACUGGCCCAGAAGAUAGCAACCUUCACCGACGUGGGCAACAGCCGGGCACACGCAGAGCACCUCCUGAAGGACCUCGCCAGCUUCGAGGACAAGUCGAGCGCCUCCGUGGAGCGCGCCCGCGGCCUGUCCCUGGAGGGCGAGCAGCUCAUCGACAGCAAGCACUAUGCCGUGGACUCCAUCCGCCCCAAGUGCCACGAGCUCCAGCACCUGUGUGAGCAGUUCGUGGCCGAGGUGGAGCGGCGGAGGGAGUUACUCAGCAAGUCCUUGGAGCUGCACCACCUCCUGGAAGCGUCCAUGAAAUGGUGCGACCAGGGCAUCUACCUGCUGGCCUCGCAGCCAGUUGACAAGUGCCAGUCCCAGGAUGGCGCCGAGGCGGCCCUGCAGGAAAUCGAGAAAUUUCUGGAAACUGGCGCAGAGAAUAAGAUCCAGGAGCUCAGUAAAAUUUACCAGGACUACGAAUCCAUCCUCACGAAAGACCUGAUGGAGCACGUGCAGAAGGUCUUCCAGAAGCAAGAGGGCAUGGAGGAGAUGUUCCAUCGGAGACAGGCCAGCCUGAAGAAGCUGGCGGCCAAGCAGAUGCGGCCCGUGCAGCCCGUGGCCCCCCGGCCAGAGGCGCUCACGAAAUCACCCUGCCCCUCUCCAGGCAGCCGGAGGGGCUCUGAGAACAGUUCUGAGGGCAGCGGGCUCCGGAGAGGGCCCUACAGGAGGGCCAAGAGCGAGAUGAGCGAGAGCCGGCCAGGCCGGAGCAGCUCGACGGGGGAUGAGGAAGAGGGCCUGGCCAUCUUGCGGAGGCAUGUGAUGAACGAGCUCUUGGAUACAGAACGGGUCUACGUGGAGGAGCUGCUCUGUGUCCUGGAGGGCUACGCCGCAGAACUCGAUAACCCCCUCAUGGCGCACCUCGUGUCACCGGGUCUCCAGAACAAGAAGGACGUUCUGUUUGGAAACAUGGAGGAGAUCUACCACUUUCAUAACAGGAUAUUCCUCAGGGAGCUGGAGGGCUACACGGACUGCCCGGAGCUGGUUGGGAGGUGCUUCCUGGAACGGAUGGAGGAGUUCCAGAUCUACGAGAAGUAUUGCCAGAACAAGCCGCGCUCCGAGAGCCUGUGGAGACAGUGCUCCGACAGCCCGUUCUUCCAGGAAUGCCAGCGGAAGCUGGACCACAAGCUCAGUCUGGACUCCUACCUGCUGAAGCCGGUCCAGAGAAUCACCAAGUACCAGCUGCUGCUCAAGGAGAUGCUGAAAUACAGCAGGAGCUGUGCAGGGGCCGAGCACCUGCAGGAGGCCCUGAGCUCCAUCCUGGGCGUCCUCAAGACCGUCAACGACUCCAUGCACCUGAUUGCCGUCACUGGCUAUGACGGGAACCUGAGCGAGCUGGGGAAGCUGCUGAUGCAGGGCUCCUUCAGCGUCUGGACAGACCACAAGAAGGGCCACUCCAAGGUGAAGGACCUGGCCAGGUUCAAACCCAUGCAGCGGCACCUCUUCCUGCACGAGAAGGCCGUGCUGUUCUGCAAGAGGAGAGAGGAGAGCGGCGAGGGCUAUGAGAAGGCCCCGUCCUACAGCUACAAGCAGUCCCUGAACAUGGCGGCCGUCGGCAUCACGGAGAGCGUGAAGGGCGACGUGAGGAAGUUUGAGAUCUGGUGCAACGGCCGGGAGGAGGUGUACAUCGUACAGGCACCGACCCCCGAAGUCAAGGCUGCGUGGGUGAGCGAGAUCCGCAAGGUGCUGACCAGCCAGCUGCAGGCCUGCAGAGAAGCCAGCCAGCACCGUGCGCUGGAGCAGUCCCAGAGCCUGCCUCUGCCCGCGCCGCCCGGCACCAGUCCUUCGAAAGGGACCAUGAGAAACAUCAAGAAGUUGGAGGAAAGGAAGACCGACCCCCUGAGCCUGGAAGGCUAUGUGAGCCCCACGUCACUACUGAAGCCGCCAGAGAAGGGCCGAGAUGACUCGGUGCCCAGCUCCACCUCUGAAAGCUCCGCGCUUUCCAGAAAGCGCUUUACCCUGCAGGGCUUUCCUAACCUCAAGGGUCAGAAAGCGUCUCCUACCAGCCCCGACAAAAAAGCUAAGCGACACGAAGUGAAGAGCGACCCCACGCCUUUUGGUGUACGAGGUUGGACCAAAACCUCUCAGCCCUCGGAAGCCCCUGAGGACGACGGCUGGUCCAGUGCUGAAGAGCUGAUUAAUUCCUCAGACGCAGAGGAGGAAGGCAGAGUGGGGCCCAGGAAGCUGGUUCCAGGAAAGUACACGGUCGUGCUGGGCGACGAAAAGGGAAGCCCUGACGCGUUUGCCGUGAGAAGUGGGGACGUGGUGGAGGUGGUACAGGAGGGUGACGAGGGCCUUUGGUAUGUCAGGAACCUGACCUCCAGCAAGGAAAGCUGGGUGCCGGCCAGCAGCCUGGCCUCGCUCCUCUGCACAUCCGGCUCAGCUCAGUGCCUGAGCAGCUCAGAGUCCAGUGCGGGGUCCACCCUGCUGAGUGCCUCUUCCAGCUGCGGCGAGAGCUGUGGGGCCCCCCUCUCAGAGCUCCAGGGGUAGCGCCGGGCCGUGCAGGACAGCAGCCUGCGAGCCUCUAAGUUUUCCUUUGCUUGGGCUUGCUUAGUUUGGUGAGGGGACGGUGCUCUAAGACCCUGGGGAAUGAGGAUCCUGCCAAGACCCCACCGAGGAGCCGCCCGCUGCCCAUGGAGCUCCGAGGUGCAGAUGCAGGGGCUGCAGAGAGAAGGUUCUGGAAGUCUGCCCUCCAGCCUCCACACCGGGACCAGCCCCGCAGACGGUGCAGAAGCCAGGUGCAUGGGAAGACCAAAGUGCACCGAGCUUUCCGGGAAAACCAGGACGGACGGAGGGCGCCAGGCCGUUGCCAGGAGCCGGUCCUGGCCGCUCAGUGUGUCCCGGCAUUGCUGGUCCGGUGCCUCCAGCAGGAGCAAAUGUGUGGUGGGAGAGGCGAGUGCACUGACCCAGCAGCGUGGUGGGGUGACUGUUUUGUCUUUUACAAGUUUUUUUUAAAGCAGGGAUUAAGUCCAUGGCCAUUUUUUGUGGUACUCUGGCCACUAAUCUUUACCAGGAAUCACUGUGUUUACAUGAAAUGACAAUUUGAUACUGUAUUUGAUAUAAAAGUAUUUUCUGUUACCGGGGUUUACAGAACAGCACGUUGUUUGUACUGCUGGGAGAUCUGGGGCUCUCAGGGGGACCGGAGCCCCCCAAACCCACCUGGGAACAGGCCCCUGGUAAAAUCCAGCAGUGUUUCUACAAACAGCAGUAGAAACCACGGAGACAUCCUUAUCUGUGUAAGUUAAUUUUCAAAAGAAAAUUUAAACUCUAAGUUAAAAUAUUUAGCUUCUUUUCUACCAAAAAGAAAGGGGGGGGGGGGACUUGAUUUUUUUAACUAGCUUCACAGAAUUGGAAUUUUUUAUUGUUUUUAAAGAAUCAGCGAAGUGUGGUUUUGCUGGGUACUGUGUGAAGCAGUCCCCACACGGGCCUCGGGGAAACCGCGAGCCUCUGCAGGCCUCCGUGGCCACCUCCCGCGCUCAGUCAACCCCCUGAACUCGGAAACGCAAGGAGUCCGUUACUGAAGCCCAGGCAGGACCCGAAAGAAAACACUUCUGUUUUACCUUUUUGUUUCAGAAACAAAUUCUGUUCUUUGGAAACACAGUCUGUAUGUGCUGGGGGCGGAUAGUUUUCUGUGUGCAUGUGUGUACGUAGGGGUCCCGGGUCAGGGACGCGCUGGAAACUGUCCCGCACAACCCUCCCUGAGCCCCGCACCCGCCGCCCGUGAGGCCCCUGGUGGCCGACCUCCAUGUGUCUCCGUGGCCUUCCUUGGCGUCUAGGCGUGGGACGGGCCGUGUCUGAUGGUUUCCUCCGUGGGCUGCUCAGCCGGAGCCCCCCCCCCACCCCGGCCACCUCGGCGGCAUCACCACGCUGGGGUCCUCUCUUCGUUAAGGCACUUUAAAACCUCCUGUUCCCGUCACUGCUUCUUGUUUCGUUCCAGGUCUUUUUUUUUUUUUUUUUUUUCUGCUGAUGUAAGUGAAAUUUAAAACUCAGAGUUCUUUACUGUAUGGAGUUUGAAUAAAUACCAGCCCCUCUCGC